GGCGCGUCUCCCCGCAGCCCGCUUCGCCCCGCAGCCUCUGCCUGGGCCCGGGCGGUGCCGAAGCGGGGGCGCGCACAGCCCCGCGGCUCCGCUCCGCUCCUCUCGGGCUCGGCGGCGGCCGGGUGGGCGAGAUGUCGGGCUGAGCGGCCGCGAGCCCGGGGGUGGGGUCCGCCGCGCCCGGGGGUUGGGACCGUCCCCUCGGCCGUCCCGCCCCGCCGCCGCGCUGCGCCCAUGGUGAUUGUGCAUCGCGGCGCGGAGCCGGGGCAGCGCUCCGACCUGCCGCCGCCGCCUUCCCACCCCGCGGCCGGGCCGGGUCGGGCCGGGCCGGGCGCCCAGGUGUUGGUGUCUUCAGGCUCCUUUAGGGUUUAGUUCUGAGGAAGUAGAGACACAGGGAUUUAAUCUAUUUCACACACAAAACUACAGCUCCACACCAGUAUUCUUUUCCCUUCGUCCCAUCCCUCCUCUCCCACAGGGAAGUUUAGUUUGGUAAUUACCUUAACGGUCAUUCACUCCCCUUUCCCCCUUCACAAAUCUACCUUGGUCCUUGAGGCAUCAGGUAGACACUGACAGUUCCAGGUACAGGGGAACGUUCCCAUCAUCGUUCCGUGCGUGCUUUGGGAGCUUCAGCAGCACCCUUCCCUCCGUCGGAGUGCGGUGCAGAGGAGGCAUCCAGAAGACCUGCUUGCCCUCCCUCUCCGAGCAGUAGUAGGGAUCCGGGAGAAGGGGUACCUGCCGGGACACGUGACGUCCUCACGGAGCCAGGACCGAAGCAGCACUCGGCACGCCGAAGGAAGCACCUCUUUGGCACCUUCAUCAUCUUCCGCUCCUCCGGCACCAAAUCUCUGAGAAUUUCCAUUGAAAAGAAACCUUGAAGGUUGCAAGACAAGUCCAAGAUGUGCAGUUCAGUUGCUCCCAGGCUGUGGUUCUUAACAGACCGUCGCAUCAGAGAAGAUUACCCUCAGCAGGAGAUCUUGAGAGCCUUGAAGGCCAAGUGCUGUGAAGAGGAGCUAGAUUUUCGGGCCUUGCUGAUGGAUGAAGUGGUCCUGACCAUCGAGGAUGGAAAUCUUGGUCUCCGGGUGAAUGGUGAGCUUAUUACUGCUUACCCACAGGUGGUGGUUGUGCGUGUACCAACACCUUGGGUCCAAAGUGACAGUGAUAUCACAGUCCUUCGCCACCUAGAGAAGAUGGGUUGUCGAUUGAUGAAUCGUCCCCAAGCCAUCCUCAACUGUGUCAAUAAGUUCUGGACGUUUCAAGAACUUGCUGGUCAUGGUGUACCCCUCCCAGACACCUUUUCGUAUGGUGGUCAUGAGAAUUUUGCCAAAAUGAUUGAUGAGGCGGAAGUGCUGGAGUUCCCUAUGGUGGUGAAGAACACGCGGGGUCACCGAGGCAAAGCUGUAUUCCUGGCACGAGACAAGCACCAUUUGGCAGACCUGAGCCAUUUGAUCCGUCAUGAUGCCCCUUACUUAUUUCAAAAAUAUGUUAAAGAGUCCCAUGGCAAGGAUGUACGUGUCAUCGUAGUAGGAGGCCGUGUGGUGGGCACCAUGCUCCGUUGCUCAACAGACGGGAGAAUGCAGAGUAACUGCUCACUUGGUGGUGUAGGGAUGAUGUGCUCACUGAGUGAACAAGGCAAGCAACUGGCAGUCCAAGUAUCAAACAUCCUGGGGAUGGACGUGUGUGGCAUUGACCUGCUGAUGAAGGACGACGGUUCAUUCUACGUCUGCGAGGCCAAUGCAAAUGUAGGUUUCAUUGCCUUUGACAAGGCUUGUAAUCUAGAUGUAGCUGGUAUCAUAGCGGACUAUGCCGCUUCUCUUUUAACCCCCGGUCGCUUGACGCGGCGCAUGUCCUUGCUCUCUGUGGUGUCCACGGCAAGCGAGACUAGCGAGCCAGAGCUGGGCCCUCCAGCUAGUGCCGCUGUCGACAAUAUGAGUGCUAGCUCCAGCUCUGUCGACAGCGACCCUGAGACCACGGAGAGAGAGUUGCUCACCAAGCUCCCGGGGGCUCUAUUCAACAUGAACCAGCUAUUAGCCAAUGAGAUCAAACUUCUUGUGGAGUGAUGCCACGUGUAAAUAGAUGACCAACAGAACUCUCUCUUGUAAAAAUUUCCUUUAAACCAACUUGCAAUGCUGUUUAUCAGAGAAGCUCAGAGAAAUGAGGAAAGGGGAGUCAAUCAAGAGAGCAAGAUUAAAAGACAUGCGUUCUGUGACUGCUGCCCCUAUGUUUUUGCAGAACAUAGUACUGUGUUCAUUCUUCAGCAUCAGUUUUCUAAUGAAGAUGCUCAAUUCACAACCUAAAUGGGAGUUUUAUUUGGAUGCUGCUUUGGUCCCCAGACAUAUUGCAGUGCACAUGUGUUCACAGGAAAGCAUUGAAGCAUGAUUCACUGGAAGAUUUUCAGAAAGCUCUGGCAGCUCUCUAGAAACUUCCGGGAAUUAAUGCAGCAGUUAAGUCUCUUCUACCUCUGUAAGGCUUGAUCCUGUAAAUUGCUCAGUGCCUUUAGUUCUCAAUGAGAGUUGAAGGUGUCAAAUGCCAGGUAUUUCAAUGUUCCUGGACACCUACUGUUCCCUCUCUUGUAGGUGGGAGCCGUAGGUUCAGCAUACUUUUAAAGUCAUCCCUUUCUGACCUUGCAGGAUAUGGCCCUUCAAAUGAUGAGGCAGAGAGAAGUGUCGUUUGACUUAAUGUGAGCUUUCUGUACAAGUCUCUAAUUUGUGCCGUCUUGGUAUUAAUUGGCAGCUUUGUGUCCAUAUUUCUUUAUAAAGCUUUUGAAGGAGGAUUUCUAGAACUUAUGCUUUUCUCAUUUCAACUCCAGAUUUUGGAAGGUAUGCAGGGGAAUUUCUCAUUAUAUUUGUGGCAGAAGUGUCACGUUUUAACUAUUUUUGCAUGAUUGGAGGAGAUAAACAGCACUGUAAUGUUUGGUAUACAAAAUAAUGUUUAAUCCAAUGUGAAAAAGAAUUACACUAGUUUAAAACAAACGUGCAUUGACUUGUAUUUGUUAGUGUUUUAGUCUUUUUGAGAGAGAUCUGCAAUGUUAAUGUUCUUUUUUUUUUUAAUACAUGCUAGUCCAACACUCCCUUCUCUAUGCCUGCAUCUUUAACAGUGGCCAAAGUGAAAACACUGCAGAAUAUUUGCUAAGAAAACACUGAGUGAAAGCCUGUACAGUUUUUUUUUUUGGGAGGGGAGGGUGAUAUUUUUUGUUCUUCGGGGGGAGAAAUGUGGUAAGUGUGGAGGAGUGAAAAGUUGGUUAAAAGUGAUUAGAAUUCUAGAGGUACUUUAGAAUAAAGCUGCAGUUCAUACAAUACUUGCAAGGUUUACUUUUUCCCCAUUGAAAAUACUUAAAAGCUGAUGUCAGAAAUCCAAAGAGCGUAACUGGGGAGAAAUACUAAAUUCUUAGUUUUGGGAAAUAUGCAGCAAAUUAAAUUUAAAAAAAGAAAAAAGGAAAAAAAAAAAAGAGAGCUCAGCCAGAAUUAAAAAAAAAUAAAAAUAAAAAAAUAUAUAACCUAGGUCCAUAUACAAUUAACAAAUUGAUCCUGGACCCUUAUGUGUAUGUGGUGUGAGUGCACACACUUGUGUGUUUGUAUAUGCACAUUUGCUUUGCUUCAUUUCCUUUUGGGUUUUGGCUGUUUAGAUCCUAUACUUUUUCUAGGCUGCCUGAUUUUUCUUAGUCCUUCUGGCUGUGCAUUUUGUCAUUACCCUUGAGCUGUUUUGGAAAACAGAUAACCAAAACAGAUAUACUGAGUCCAUUUUUCAGUCCCUAUCUUCCCCCUCUUUUUCCUCCUCCUCCUCCCUCUGUUCUCAUUCCUUUCCCAUUUUCUGGGUCCAUAAAGCCCUGGAACUAUAUAUAUGUGUGUAUGUGUGUGUGUAUAUAUAUAUAUAUAUAUAUAUAUAAAAGAUAGAAAUAUAUAUAUAUAUAUAUAAACAUAAGCCUCUUUUUUUAAAAACAAAAGGUAAAAUGUUUACAACUGAAAAACAAUCUUGUGAAAAUAGGGUUUGUUUGGAGGGGGGUUGUGUGUGUGCAAUGCUGCUGUUUUCUGGAUACUUAAUGGAGCAUGUCCCAUGUACCCUCUGAGGCUCUGCACUGCCCACCUCUGUGGCCCCUCCUCACCUCUCUGCUGCUCUGCUGUUUUAUCUUCACUUUGGACCUUAGACACAACUCACGGACAUUAUGCAGAGAGUCUUCAAGAGGCAAUAAACAGUAUUAACCUGCUUUCAUGGAAGUUUGAUCAUGCUUCUUUGUACAGUUUGUUUUUUUUAUUAUUAUUAUUUUAUUUUAAAAGGAAUGUAAUAAAAUGGCUUUUUUUUGUAGAAUUAAAUAUUAUUAUUAAAAUCAAGUGAAAGGUUGACUAUUGGUGUUAAGCAAGAGAAGUGGACCAGCUGGUCCAGCAACAAAAGGAGCUUCAGCAGUCAAGGUAUUUUCAAAUCUUCUGAGCCUUCGAGUGCACAGGUUAUACUUGAAGAAUAUAAAGGUCUUCAACUUCUGUGAAGAGUUGCAGAAACACAGAACACAAAAGAAAACUAAUUUUCUAGUCAUUGAGCAGUCUGUUCAGAGGCUCUUAUCCGCUGGUUUGUUUAUCUAAGGGGAAUUUGGGUGUUAGUUCUUUGGUUUUUUUCUCCCUUCCUGUUCCGCCCCCCCCUUUUUUUUCUUUUCCUUUUUCUUAUUAGUGGUAGGUGCCUGCACUUCUUGAGAGGCUGAUAGGGUCAACCCUUCCCUUUUCAGCUGUCACACACAUUGAGCACAUGUAGGAUAACAGCAGAGAGUAAGGAUAUGCUGGUUGCUACAAUAGGACCUCUGUAUUUCUAUCACAGGAGAUACCUUUUAGAGUAGAGAGCAGAUAACUGAAUAUUCCGGACUGUUUUUUUAAGGCUCCAUUCUAUUUUGUGGAGAAAUGCUGUGAUGCACAGGAACUUUACAUUUCUUAUCACCCUUUCAGAAUGUCCAGGUAACAUCUUAAAGUAAUAAAAUUUGUGAAGUAAACAUGAGAUUUUUUGAAAGACAAGCAGUGGAUUGAGAGACUUACAGUUUGUUUCCCUUGUGAUGAGGUGCUCCUCUGUGGUUGGUUCUUCCCCAGCAAGUUUGGAGAUAAGUCUUUGCAUAGUGGUCAGGGAAGAAGACAGUAUUUGAAACAUCACGUACGUUUGUUUGUACGUAAGUUACUGAUACUGCACAUGGAAACCUUGCUUGAAGACUCAUUGGUAUGAAUAGGCACACUUGUCUGAUAUAUUUACUCAGUAUUUAUCCAGUGCUUUUGAAAUAGUGAAAUGUAUAGAAUGGGAUGGGUUGUGGAGGGAGCUUCUUGUUUUCACUUAAAGCAAAAAAAACACCACCAUCCAAAUCUAGUCUGUUGUAACCAGGCAGUAUUUCCCAUUUAAGGUGAACUUUACAGGUAUCAGCUUUAUAUGCUGUAUUUCCUUCAGUUACGUACGCUGAAAAACACAUGCUAAACUUUCAUGCAGUUGCACUAACACUACCUCUGUACUUGAGUUUGGAAGCUUAUGGUGAAAAAGUGGUCAAUGUAGUGCUGGAGUAUAAUAGCAUUAAUACAUCUGAUGGUGAUACAAUUAUUUUUGUAUUUUUUAAUGUUUGAAAGAAUCAGUUAGAAACUCGUUUGCAACAAUAAGUUUCUUAAACUACAUCUGAUAAAAUUGUUUUUUUUUCUUUUUUUGUAACAGUGCAGAUUUUCUUCUGUUAAAUUUAAUAUGCUUAUAAUUGAUGUCUUGCUGUGUCAAUAUAUGGAUUGUAUGUUAAGCUUUGUAUUUAAUGCUUUAAUGUGUUUUAUAAAAUACUUUUAUGGAAUGUUAUACCAUGUCACCCAUAAUGCAAUAGAAGGUUAAUGCUUGAUGCCUAUGUGGACUGUUGACCUUUUUGUUCUGCUAAUGGUCACUCUUGGAGCAUUUUCUUCCACUUCGUGGGCUAUCUUCCAUGUGUGAUACUUACUCAGGACAUAACCUCUGGAACAUCGGUGUUUGUCAAAUGCAAAGGAUACUUCUUAAGAUGUAACAUUGGACUUCAAAAUCCAACACGUGACAUUUGCUAAAUCUUUUCUCUGCCUUGUUGUGGAAAUUUGUCAGUUAAAUGUGUAAGGGACCCUAAAGGAUUAGAGAGACUUUGUGGAAACAAAUCCCAUGUACAGUAUCUUUCUCAUGGCUCACUCUUUUUGAGAAGGUUUAUGGGCUUUAUGGCUGGUGUGAGACAUACGACCCACUCCUGUUCUCUCUAUGGAAUUGUAGGUGCUCGGACAGGAGCCAAAAAAGUCAAACAAUCCAGAGAAAACCUUCCCUUCUCCCCUUUCCGGUGGCGAGAGUGAGAACUUAUGAAAAAUCCUUGAGAAUGUUUCUUCCUAAACUUUUCCCCCCAGUAAUGCAAGCGGGUAGAAUGGUAAACGCAGCAGUUUGGUGACAUCUAAAACCGACCUGUUGUCAGGUAAAUUGACUCUUUUCUGCUCUUAUGUAACCUUCGUAAAUUUGCUAACUUGUUUGCCUUCCUUUCUUCCUGUUUUCCCAGUUGGUCCAUUUUGGUGAAACUUUCUGAAUGAUUUCUUUACCAGUGAUAUUUAGAUAAAUCUUACUUUUUUUUAUAUCCCCUCCUUAUACAUGCUGACCUUUAAGAAGUCUGUCAUUGUCCUUUGCUUUACUCAGAUGAGACAAAAAUUAGGGCAGGUUAAAAGUCCUCUCAUGGUAGAUAUAUGAGAGAGUUUUGUAAUACAUUAAUUCUACCUCUUUAUCGCUUUUAGGUAGUUUGCUUUUAAGUGUACUGUUUUAGCUUAGGUUCUUGAAAGAUAUAAUGCUUUCCAGUUGCAAAGUGACCAUAACAUUUAACUGCAUCAGUUGGGAGCUGAGAGGUACAUAAAAACGAGUACUAAGGAAAUUAAAUUAAAUUUACUAAAAUUCAGUAGAGCUGGAUCGUAUGAAGAGGACAGAUGGGAGAAUGUGUGUUCUAGAAGAAAGAAAAAACAAAACAAGUUGUGGGUCUGAUUAUUUAUUAGCAAAGGAUGGGGGAUUCAGUUUAUGUUGCCCUCGGUAAUAGAUCUAAAUACCUGUAAAUGUUAUCCUUCUCUGUAAACUCUCUCCUUUAGUCUCAAACCACUUCAAAGUUGAUGGGAACUUUAGGUUUUAUUUUGUGCGAAGAGGAGAAUCUGUAUUUUAUAUACAGUGGUAAAUAUCAGACAAUUGGAAUUCCAUUCAAAGUAGAGGAAUGCUAACCUUCGGACAGGCUUCGAAGUUUCCUGAUGCCGUGUUUUAUUUCUCAUGACAUCUGUAAAGAAUUGGCUUUUGUUUCAAUCUUUUUUUCUGUGUACUUUAAAUAACUCCUCUAUAUUAUCAUUAAAUACUGUACUUUUCUCAGUUUGUGUUUUCCUGGAACGCAGCAAAUUUGUCAGCACUACCGUAAAUUACAUCUUCAGAUUACAGUGGGAGGGAAUAAUUUUGGAGCCAAAUUUUGCUCUCAGCUAUGCUGAGAUAAACCUGGAAUCUCUAUGUGAUAUCCAAUUUCACUGGUAUAAUUGAGUGUAUAAUUUGUUUCUUUAAUUUUACUUUUAAGAUAAUUUUACAGACAUGUUAUACUUAUGUUUCUAAUGCUUUUUCCUUUCAGACACACCCGCUUCUUGCGUCUCAGCAGUGGGCAGGCCUAUUCCUUUAUUUGUGUAAUAUUUUUGUACAUCAGCUGCUAUAGGACAUGGGUGUAACACUUCUCAGGCAUGUGGUUGGGUGUCUUUCUGGGGGAGAGCUUUGUGGGUUUAUAGUAAUGUCUAAAAAAGAAUUUAUUUUCCUCAAAUUUGUUGAACAAAUUCACGUUGUCUCAUAGUUUAAUAUCUCCAAUCUUACUUCCAAAGUAUUACUUGAAGAUUUUCUUGAAAGAAGGACAGUACUGGUUCUUUGUAGUGUCUGCAAAUGAUCUUUUGGGGGGAGAGUUAAUAAAAAUUUACUGCAUUCUGCAGAAGUUAAUCUUUAAUAUUGCUUGAAAGAUGUUUUUACAGAUUAUGCUCCUGCCUGCUUAUGGAAUGGCUUUCAAAGCCUUAUUGGUUGUUCCUUGUUCAUGUUGAUUGUUCCCAGUGCUUUGCCUGGUGUAUAGGGAAACAUUGUAGAACUUGAAUAAAACCAUGACAUCUUAGACAAAGGAUGGUGAUUAUGUAAGUGCUGAACAAGAACUUCUUCUAUAUGCCCUUCUGCUGCAACAGAAUAUUAAAACUGGUAGGUGGCAGCAGCAGCAGAAGAAACUCAUGUGACUGUGACCUGAGAAACCUACAGUACUGGGAGAGAUGGAUUGCAAAAUAUUAACUGGAGUAAUGGGGACGGAGGAGAGAGGCAGAGUCCCUGAACUGUCCUUUUGAAUGGUGAGUCUAAUUUACUGAAUUCUAACCAUCACAAGACUAGCUGUAUUACAGUAGACACAUGGUUCUAUCUGAUUUAAUGUUUGGUUACCUGAUGUCCUAAUUCUGGUCUUUAACUCAACAUUCCAUUUUCCUCUCUGCUUCUGUAAGGUACAGUAUAUGCCCUAAAAAUUUAAACUUCACUAAAAUUGCCAUAUCUUAAGAAUAUGGAAAACUAGGGCUGGAAGGAAUUAAUCUAGUCCAUUCAUCUAUCUGCCCCACAAGAAGAUCAGUCCAAGUUAUGCUGUUGAUGACGUUUGUUUUAACAUUUUUUUUUAAAAAAAUGGAAUAAAUGAGGAACAUUCUGCAGUUUUUAUCUACAGAUUUUUAUUUUUAUGAAGGGAGGAAAUGACCACUGUCAGACAGUGGUCAGUGUUACGGGCUGAGAGCUUUUCUAAUUUUUGCUACUUCAUUUUGGCCCAUCUGCUAUCUGAUACUACCUUUUGGGUGAUUCUUUUAUGUACUUUUCAAACGUAUGUAUCUCUUCCUGAAAUGUUUUUGAGUAGUUCAGCACAAUUGUACUUGGUGGUAACUGACGUUGCAUGUGCGUAAACAUAUAUCUAACAUUUCUCAUCAGAUGUUUUUUCCUCUGCAUCUAAAGCCUGGUCCCCCUUUGAGUGUGAAGAUCUUUUACUGUUGCCCACAUUCAUUGUUUUUGUCCAAGGGGCAUAGUUUAUAGAUGCACAUAGUAAGCAGCCAGUUUCAUGUUCUAAUGACACUCUAGGAAAUCAGGAUUCUCAUGUAGUACGUAAUGGUCAUUUGAGAUUUAGGGGACAACAGCAGGGAUCCACUUUAAACAAAUAAAUUGGUUUGACACUAAGUCUAAAUUGUAUCCUUGAACCAUUCUAAUUUUGAUCAGUAGGGCACAAUGGUGCACAUUUAUUCAGACAGAACUAGAUAUAUUUUUUCAAAAUUCUGGUAUAGGGUUUUCUAUGUGUAAAAAGACUCUUUGAGGCUUUCCCUUCUGUUUCUGAAUCCUGGCCUCUUUUUGGUUAAUUUAGCUAGUCAUUUUAGUAAAUCCAAACUGAUAAGUAAAGAAGAUAAAUUGCUUUUUGGGUGGGUGUACCAGUCAUUAGCCCAUUACAACAUAAAUAAUAUCUUAUUAAUUGAGAUGUUUAAAUAUCUUUACAUUUUACAUUUAAGAAAUAACAUUUCUACCUAAUAAGAAAAUAUUUAUAGGUAAGGGUUAGGUAACAGGUUGAUUACAGGUACAAAAAUGAAAGUGCAAAAUGCCUUAGACACCCAAAUGUUGUCAGUUCCAAAUUUGGAAAUAUUAAAAGCUCUAAACCAGAAAAAGCCAAAAAGCAGAUCUAUUAUCCUCUUCUGUGAAUCUUAUAUAAAUAUUAGUUAUUGUGUAAUAAUACUUACAGAGCACAACUUAGAUUAAAUGAUAGAUGCCUUAGAAACACCAUGAUAGUAAAAGACAUUAAGCUUUAUCGAGAUACCAUAUAUCUCAAGAUAGAAAAAAUACUCAAAAGACCGAAAGUUAAAUUGCGUAUGGAAGUGGGAGACAGUGAGAAACGUAAAAUCUAUAGUGUUUCUGAUGUAAUGACUAACAGUGAGUAGUUUUAACCACCUCUUCAGUUACCUAGACUUCAGUGUCUCACAUGUUUUUGAUUGUGCAUCCCUUUCCCAUAAAAUGUUUUUUUGUGUGUAUCCCAUAAAACAUUUUGAUCAUGCACCCCAAUAUAUGUAUAUUCAUUUAUUUAUACAGUAUGUACAUGUACUACUGUACUAUUAUGUACAUUAUUAAACAUACACAGAAAUAAAAGAUCAGAUAAAGAUGAAACAAAUUCUGUUCUAAAAAGUAUUUCAUUUAAUUUAUUAAUGGUACCAAAAAUAAUUUCUUUUUGCACCCUAAUGGAUUGUCUUGUGCACCCCACUUUGGAGACCAAUGAUGUAGAUAUCAUCAAAGAGUUAUUGUUGCACAAGUAGUCAGUAUGUUUCAUCAUAACAAGACCUCCAUUUUAACUGUAUCUCCUACCAGAGAUUAAAAUGCUGACAUCCAGUAAGAUGACUUCUGUUUCUGAAAAGAAAAGAAAAUGGGAGAGAAGAGCCAGGUUAUGGAGGCACUGAUGAACAGUCUAGCAUGGGGGAAAGUUUGAAUCUGGAUCAGCUGAAUGUAGAACAGUUAUCAAGUAUUAGUUGAUAAAUUCCAAAUUCUAUUUCCUGUAGUUAUCUGGGAUGGUCAUGCUAAAAUUGGAAAGAAUACUUAAACAUGGGAACUAAGCUGGAUCUGAGUUUUUGAUAUUCAGGCCACCAAAGAGUUUCCAGUGCACAUCAGAUACCACCUAGGACUACAGACAACUGAUGUGCUUUUCUUAGCAGCGUGUCAGUUCUCAUAGAGCUUGUAGAGGUAGUAUGUGGACCACAGGCUUUAAAUCCCGGAGCUGAGUUACUGCAGAGUGAAAGGGAGAUCAAAUGUACAAAGUGAAAAAUAUUUUGGACAGAGAUUUGAAAAGAGUUAUUGAAUAUAACAAUGCGCAAAGUCUAUGUAGCUGAUGAAGCCCCAUAGAGAAAGUUUUUACAUCCAGUCAGACAGCAGAGAUGUGAAAGGGAGAACGUAUCUUCUAGUAGUAGAGGCAAAGGAGUCUAAGCAUAUAUCAGUCUGUCAUCAGAGAUGGAGAGAAGGCAGUAAAACAGCUUUUGCUGGUCUUGAGCAUUCCCAGCUUUUUGUUGUAAGGAGGAAUAUCACCAGACUUUCUGUACAUAAUAUAUGAUAGGCACGCUAGCCUUUGGGGACUGGAUAUCAAGGAAGAGAGCUGAAUGCUGAUUAUAGAGCUGUUGAUAUGGAAACUAGCUGUAGUACUUACCUACUAGAAUGGAUGGUCAUGUGGAUUAAAAAUGUUACUGUGCUGAGUCUAGAUGACAGUAAUUUUUGCAAGGAAGAGUUGGUCAUCUGUCCCCGAACCUCUGAGCUUUUGCUUCUUAACAGUUUCUGGAAGCCAUUUUAGGUAAGGCUUAGAGGCAUAGAAAUGUAUAUAAGCCUUUUUAGCAGGGACCACCAUUUUAGGCGAUUCAGUCAGCUGUUAAGGAAAGAUUUUUUGGGUGUAAGACAAGCACGGAUUUAGAGUAUUCUCGUAGAUCCUCCACAUUUUUACAUGUGACUGUUGAUACAAAGUGGUUUUUUUUCUACUAGAUAUGACAUAGUAAAGCAACCGAUACUGUUCUCUGCAACCCUGAUCUGGUGUGGAUUUGAAGAAUGGAAAAAUAAUACUUUCCAUUCUUAUUCAUAGACUUCCGUGGGCAAGGAAGGGUUGGUAUAUUUGUGAAGGGAAGAAAGGACAAGUUCCUCACUCUGGAGGAGAAGUAGGUUAUGAAUUAGGCUGAUAGAAAAGUUCACGUUUACAGUGAAUUUAAGGAAGACCAUUUCGAGGGUGUUUCUGCAUUUCCCUUUUGUUGCAUUUAGAAACAGUGCAAGUGUUAAUAGAAUGUAGAGUCCGGAUAGUAAUGUAUCAGCAUAUUAAGUUCUGCCUAGUUUGUGGGUGAGAAAGGGCUCAUAAAAGAUUUAUGUGAAUUUCUGUGUCUACUAAGUCUACUUUUUUACUUGGAGGCAACUGGUAGAUGCAAUUACAUAUAACACUGUCUCAGCAAUAGAUUUUGGUUUUGGUUUGGAAGGAAAUGUACUUAAGGAGUUAUAUAUGUCAUUUGGUUGUUCAUUCCUAUAGGAAGCAGAAUUGAUAAGCAGUCAAAAUGCCUACCUACAAGAUAGUGAUAUCCAAAGCCCAGUCUCAGUUAGGCACUCAUUGAUGUUGCUACGGAGAAGGCUUUUUGGUAUAUCUAUUAAUAAGAGGAGGUAAAGAAACAUGUGAGAAAGGACUUUGAAAGUGUUGCAUACAUUGAAUUACAUCUUUUGUUGCAUUCAUAACUCUUUGAUGUACUUCUGUACAUGUAUGUACCAUAUUAAAAAGAGUAUUGGCUGCUAAAAUGUCUCUGGUUCUUCAGGCUGAGGUCAGUUGAACAGGGGAAAUAGGUUUGGAGAGCUCUCUAACUGAGAAAUGUCAGCUGUGCUAAUCUGGAUGACUGAGUACAGAGUUUGAGCCUAACAUUAAUUUUGCAGGUCUUUAUAUUUUUAAUGUAGUAGCAAAAUUCUUUGUCAAACAGUAUAUUGAAUAUUUGGUACCAGAAAGUGCAGUUGCGUUUUCCCACCAGUAUUAUAUUACAUUAAUCUGUGGCUUAACCUAAGACAUACACAAAAUAAGGAGUGAAUUUUUGUUUUAGACAAAUUGCAAUACAAUUUCAAAUAUACUUCAACACAGGAAUGGAAUAGGAAUGGAGUUUUAUUAUAGGUCUUUGAAAUUUUUGGAGUAAAAUAUUUUAAUCAGAAAACACUAUUACAUUGAUAGUUUUUUGGGAGUAUGUGCUAUUUCCAGAAUUUUAUGGGAUGAUCGUUCAUGUACAAAAUGGCACUUGAUGAAGUGGGAGGAAAAAACAGUAACCCAGUUGUUGCUACCUCUUUGGCCUGUCACACAUUUUUGCUAUGCAUAUUUCCUGUUUAUGGUAGAAGCAAUGACACUACUAAGCUUCCUUGAUACUUAGUUUAUCAGUGUCAUAAAGUACUUACAUCUUAGGGAGGAAGGAUCUGGACAGGUGAAUACAAUACACAGUGUUACAUGGACAAACCAGGAAGGUGUCCUGAAGCACAGAAAGAAGAUUGAGCAGAAGCUGUAUAAACAGGUAUCCAUUCAAUUCAGUUUUAUCAAUGUAGUGGAAGGCCAGGAGUCAAGAUGACUGUUUCAGUUAUACGAUGGUGAGGAAUGGGAAUGUUGUAUUGACUGUUGGUACAGCUGUAAAUAUAUCGCAAAUAUUUCAUAUCUGGUGUUUACAAGAAGUGUGGUUUACCCCAGGAGGUGUGUAUAGUUUGUCUUCCUCACUACUACUAUGCAAAGUACUGUCUGCUAAUGUUAUUCCCUGGAUUCUGUCUGUUCAUCAGCAUUGUGUAUUAAGCACAAAAACUGUAUAGUAUUUUAUGAGUUUCAGGAGGACACUUUAGAAGCUGGUGUUUAUAUUUUCCCAUCCAUCUUACAAAUGCAAGGGCAAAAGAAACAACAGAAAUAUUAGUUACUUGCCCCACCUAUCCUUACAGCAGUGUGUGGGAGGAGUAGCACAAAUGUAUUGUGAUGUAGGAAUGCUUGUGCAUGCCUAAAUGGAAAUGUUUGUUUACCAAAUGGCAAAUAUGGAAGUCUUAUCUCAGGAGAUACUAGGCAGAAAUAAGUUGCACUUUGACUUUGCUGAACUUAAUAUACAAUUUUUCCUCCACAUGAAAUAUUUCCACAGGAAUGUAAUGCUUGUGAAAAGUUGAUGGAUCAGCAGUUGCAGAGACUGAACUCCUCUACCUGCAGGAAAGGUAACAGGAACUAGAUUUCACCUUUAGAACGCUGUACCUCACUCCUUGAACUGGAAGGGCCUUUUCCUAGGUCAGAAGAGGAGUUUGAUAACCCAAGGCUCCACCUCGUUACACCUGUAACGCAGAUAUCAAGGAAAUGAGAUAGAUGCUAGUUACAGAAAUCUUUUUUAUGAUGCCUGAUUGAAUUUUUGAUGCACAGUUUUUUGGGAAAAGCCUAACUCUUUGAAUGAUUUUUUUCUCUAGGUUUUUCUGCAUCAGCAGGAUGCGUGCUUUCCUUCUUAUUGGGACACUUAUCUCUUGGUAAUGCCCCCUUCACAGUAAAGGGAAGAAGGGACAGACCAAAAGUAAAGUGGAAUGGGGAAAUGUCCAGACAUGGGGUUAGCAGUCAUAAUGAACGCUGUCUUACAAACACAGAGAACUGAAUAAAAGAGUUAAUACUUCUAA